GGACCUCUAUGCAGCUGAUGUCACUGUGCCCGCGCUUGGCCGGUGAUUAGGGAGUUGUUUUUAGAGUCUGAUGUGUAGGCCUAUGUGUGUGUGUGUGUGUGUGUGUGUGUGUGUGUGUGUGUGUGUGUGUGUGUGUGUGUGUGUGUGUGUGUGUGUGUGUGUGUGUGUGUGGAUACAGGGGUGUUAGUUGGUUGGUUGACGGUGGUCUGGACUCUUUCAGUGCAAGGUGGUCUGUUUUUACGCGAGAGGGAACCUCGCUUCAACGUUAUUUCUAGGCAGCAGACGCGGUGACGUUUCUUCUGGAACUGUCUGGAAUUAAGUAGAAGGUCCGGCGCGUGUGACAUCCAAGAGUCUCUAGUCUUACACAUCCGUAAGUUCUGUUUUGUUUAGCUAGUUGUCCAGCAAUAGUGCAGGCAGGCUUCUUCCCAGGCCUACAAAUUUCCAAAACAAAAUGUAAUUUAGGCCUACGAAUGGAGUCAUAGAUAUCACCCACGAGAAGGAAGGAAGGAAGGAAGGAAGACAUAGCAUCCGAGGAGGGUUUUGAGAAGUGUGCGCGUGGCAGUAUGAGAUGUCGUCCCUCAGCUCUUCGUUCGUCCAGAUCCGCUUCGAUGACAUCAGCUUCUACGAGAACUGCGGCGGCGGCAGCUUCGGCAGCGUGUACCGCGCCCGAUGGAUCUCCCAGGACAAGGAGGUCGCCGUCAAGAAACUCCUGAAGAUUGAGAAGGAGGCUGAGAUUCUCAGUGUUCUGAGACACAAGAACAUCAUUCAGUUCUAUGGCGCCAUCCUGGAGCCCCCCAACUAUGGCAUUGUUACAGAGUAUGCUGGUGGAGGCUCUUUGUACGAGUUUCUGUCCAGCGCAGACAGUGAAAAGAUGAACAUGGGACAGAUCAUGACCUGGGCAAUGGACAUCGCUAAAGGAAUGCAUUACUUACACUCAGAGGCCCCGAUUAAAGUUAUUCACAGAGACUUGAAGUCACGAAACGUGGUACUGACGGCAGACAGGGAAUUAAAGAUCUGUGACUUUGGGGCGUCUAAGUUCCAGGCCGGCACGACCCACAUGACGCUGGUGGGAACCUUCCCCUGGAUGGCACCGGAGGUCAUCCAGAGUCUCCCGGCCUCCGAGACGUGUGACACAUACUCAUACGGAGUGGUGUUGUGGGAGAUGCUGACCAGAGAGGUUCCCUUCAAAGGUUUCGAGGGUCUGCAGGUGGCCUGGCUGGUGGUGGAAAAAAAUGAGAGGCCGACGAUUCCGAGCAGCUGCCCCGCCAGCUUCGCUGAGCUCAUGAGGAAGUGCUGGCUUGCCGAGCCCAAGGAGCGUCCGGUCUUUAAACAGAUACUCUCAACAUUUGAGUCCAUGUCAAACGAUAGCAAACUGCCUGACCAGUGCAACUCUUUCCUGCAUAACAAAGCUGAAUGGAGGUGUGAGAUAGAUGCCACUCUGGAGCGUCUGAAGCUUCUGGAGAGGGAGCUGAGCACCAAGGAGCAGGAGCUGGAGCGUAGAGAGCAGAGGCUGAGGGAGUGGGAACAGCAGCUCAUGGAGAGGUCACGAGCAUCCGCACCAGUACCGUUCUACUCGCCCAUGUCGGCCAGCCUGUCGGCCAGCGCCGAAUCCUUCUUCGAGUCCCACCACGAGGAGAGCAACAGCUCCGAGAUGAGCUGCCGGAUCUCCUCCACGACGUGCAGCAACGGCGAGCCCGGCAGCACCAUCGGCUCCAUCGGCAGCAUCGGAUCCGGCUCCGGCUCCGGAGGCCUGAAGGCGCUGGUGAUGUCGGGCUUCCGCGACGUGCUGGACCUGGACGGGUCGGUGGGCGAGUCCGUGCGGCGCUCGGGCGUGCAAGUGAGCAUGCAGGCCACGCAGAACUCCUCCAGCCAGAAGUCCACCUCCUCCAGCCUGCGCCAGGGCCGCAAGCUCAACAUGGCCGUCAACAUGAACAUGGACCGCUUCGGCUGGUCGGACGACGAAGAGGACGACGACGACAACGCCGUUGCGGGUGACGUUAUGGGCGGCGGCAAGCUGCGGGCCAUCGCCCAGGGACGCAAACUCAACAUGGCCGCCAUCUCCAUGGGAGACUUUGGCUGGUCCGACGACGAGGACGAAGACAGCGAUUAGUGUGUCGGGAGAGGAGUAUGGGAAGGAGAGGAGGAGUUUAUAGGGUGAGGGUGGGAGGGAGAAAGACGCAGAGUUGUUGUCAAUCCCGAGUUCUGAUAAUACUGUGUCAAAAUCCUGCCUUUGAUCCAACCUGUUCUGAAUCAGCUGAUCGCAAUGAGUUCUCAAAAUAAGUAGCGCAAUUACCAAUUAUAAUUACUCAUUGAAGUCACCUGUGUUGGAACUGUGGUAGGGGUUUAACUUCUGAACUGGGUCUUUGACACCUCUGAGGAUUGGGUGGGAAGUUGAGGAAGAGGAGCUGGGAGUGAAUGCAGGGGUGGGUUUUGGUGGGGUGUUAUUGGCAUGGAGGUGUAUGAGAAGGGUUGAAUGGGGACUUUGGGUUUUGAGGUGGCAUAUUGGGCAGUUGUUGGGAAGGGUUGAAUUCUGUAGGAGUUGUGGGCUGGUUGGGACUAACCGCAGAGAUACACCAGCGGCGACGCGAUUCAAGCGACAGAGUGUAGCAGCAAGCGAUACGAGAGAUUGAGGAGACUAGAGUAUGUCCGUACAGGCAGAAGGCAAAGCAUUCAAGCAUUCCCAUUGGCUGUGGUCACUGACCUCUAUACAGUCAUUGGCUGUCGCGGCUUGUCGCCGAACCGCGUCAUAGCAAGUUGAAAAGAUUUCAACUUCAAAUUGUCACGCUCGUCGCGCAAAUCGCUCUAGUCUCCAGAAUCGCUUUUGUCUCUCGAUUCAAUACAAAGUCAAUUACUUUCGUCGCGCGACUCGCUCAGAUCGCCGCUGGUGUAUUUCUGCGGUAACCUGGCUGUCGCUAGAUAAUCUCUAGUUCUGCAAAGCUUGUCUUGGCUCCAUGCAUACUGUACUGUAUGCUGUUGAUCUGGAGGACGGGCGGGAUUUUCACAGGUGAAAUAGUCAAAGAGGUGAAGCAACUGUUGUAUCAGUCAAUAAUGGUGGUCACACGUCGGCAUCCAUAUGUAUUUUUUUAAUUGUCGAAUCUGCUUCGUAUUGAUUAUUUGUGUGAUCAUUUUGAUCACUCUUCUCCCGACCUUGUUUGGCAAGAGCUUGAAGCCAAACAAUCUUUACUAUGUACGGGUAGAGCCAGGUGGAAAUCACAUUUAUUUAGCAAGAGCCAGGUUAGGGUUUGGGACUGGGUCUUUUGGCAGUAGUGACAAUCACGGAUUCGGGCAAUAGAAACCCUGCCACAAAUGUCUUCUGAAUCACAUGAUUGUAAUGAGCACUGAAGGCAAAAAGAUAAGCUACUCAAGAAAGCUACCUGUUUUAGAAGGGAAAAUUCAGGAGCAGGUUUGUAUAAAGUAGAAGCAGAAGUACCUGUAGACAUGUAAUUACAACAGUAGUUGUAUGAUAUUAUAUAGUUGAACCAUGUAAUAUCAUACUAUUAGUUUUGUAAUUACAUCAGGAAGAGUAUUUCUUCUACUUCAUACAACUCUGUUCAAGAGGGUGUUUAACUUUCUGAGUCCGGAAUUGUCACCUCGGGGUAUUGGGGUGUAAUUUGUUCUGAUCGGCUGUUUGGGUUCCGAUCAGUUGUUUGUGCUGAGGUGGUUCUGGGUUCUGAUCCCAUUAUUCAUGUUCUAAUGCCCCUCUCCCUCCCUCCCCUAACCCCUCUUUGAAUGCCGCAACAGAACGUUCAGCAUUACUGAAGCUUCCUGUGUGUGUGUGUACUGUACUCUGCAAAUAGCAUUGGACAGUUUUCAUGUCAUUCAAUUUCUGCAACGAAAUGCCAUUGGCAAUCAUGAUGCUCUGCCAUUGUGUCAGCUUUUUACCCAGAAUGCAACAGAACAGAUUAGAUCAGUGUCUCCCAACCAGGGGUACGUGUACCACUAGGGGUACGCGAGCACACCUCAGGGGGUACGUGGGAAAAAUGUAAUAACAACAACUAUAUGGUGUGCCGUCAUAUUGGGAUAGAGGAUAGAGCUAUAGAGCAUGACUGAGAGGGGUACUCAUCAUAUGACAAAAUGGCUUAGGGGGUACGCAGGAGACAAAAGGUUGGGAAACACGGGAUUAGAUGACCAUUAAGCCCAGUCUGAAAGUAAGGAAUACUGUGCUUAAUUUUGUAACUCGUGCCGCCACUUGGUCAGGACACCCUUGUAAAAAAAGUUUUUUAAAUCUCAACGGGUUUAUUUUCCUGGUUAAAUAAAGCUUAAAUAAAAUCAAAUAAAAAGGAAAAGUUCGGAGUGAAUCAAUCCACAGCCUUCCUGUUCAAAUCAGAGUGUUACUGUUGGUUUGUUGUUUUUUUAACCAUAAACAAUAUUGGGUGACCUUGAACAACCAAACUAAGGAUUGAUUGAUGGAUUUGGAUGGACUGUACGUUUCCUGUGAUGUUGUAGUGUCCUCUGGCCAGCUGUUGGUUUGUCACAAAGUGCCAUUCCCUUUUAUUCAUGACACACUGUCAAAUCCUUUCAUAUUUGGCUGGUAAAUCGCUGUAUGCUGAUUGGUCUGUAGGGGGUUCAGGGAUUUUUCCAUAGGCCUGGAACACACUAGCUUCUGUUAAUGAUACACAAGUAUACACAUUUCAGCUGCCAUACCUGUCUUGUCCUUCUCCACUGUGUCAUGUGCACAUGUAUGGCACCAAUCAGAGACUAGCUGCAUCGUGUUUCUUGUGUAUUAUGCUACAGCAAGUGACUGUUCAUGUUAUAGCUGGCUGUGUACUGUGUACUCAUUCACUUCUCAGGCAAUAAGCAAUUGUAUUCCAGGCCUUUAGGGGGAGCCAUUGACAUUCAGCCAUAGUGUGAUUAUCAUCCAAGCAAUCACAACUCCAGCGCCAGAGGGCGUUGUUGUGUGAAACUUAAGGCUCUGAGGGGGACAUGCAAAAGAGUGUAUAUUGUGCAAAGCUAGAUAAAUCAUACAUCUCCAUGACAAUGGAUGAUAAAGAGCAGUGCCAAUCACUUUCAAACUGUUUGCAGGUGUGUAUUCUUAAUUGAAGACUCUUUUUUUCUAUACCUCCCGGAUUCAUGGUCCCCACCAGGGCUCUAAAUGAACACCAGCAAACUGGCCAAAUGCUGGUGAAAAUUCAGUUUGUCCCCCGACCCCACACACACACUGCCCAAUGCCCAAUGUAACGAAACUUGGGACAUCAACCAUUUUGUCCGCAAGGGAUGAGCUUUAGCUUUUCUACGAUCCUUUUUGUUGAAGAUGCCCAUGUGUCUGGGCUUUUCUGUUUCCAAUUGAGCAACUGAUUUGGUCUUUCAUUGGUUUUAUGCUGGUCAUGUGCUUGAGCUGAUCUCUUUUCCUAUUGGACGAGGUUCCCUUGUGCCUAUGCUUUUCUCGUUCCCUAUUAGUUGCAUUUAGAGCGUCUGAUAAGAGAGUUACGUCACUCCCAUAGACCUCUAUGGUCCAAUCUUUCCACAGCAAUGGUGGCUCUCAUGGAGCCUCACAGAGUUUUUUACAUGUAAAUCCCCAUUGACUUUAGUUCCAGUAGAAUUAGUUACUUAGUUUUACGAGGUGGCCGUUGAACACAGAAAAUGUGGUAAAGAUAAAAGUAAUUUGUUUGUAUUUAAUCUUUGUUUGGUAUGUAAUAGUUCUGCGUUUGUCUCCAGCGAACAGAAGGUUGUGGUUUAGAAAUAUUUUAAUCUACGCGAAUCACAUCAUGAACCGACUUCCUGGUCCCCGGUUGACACAACUCUCUCAUUAGACGGCUCUGGUUGCAUUGGCCUGAGCUUAUCUGCCCAGCCUCACCCACCCUAGCCCCCUCGCUUAUACCUUAUAUUUCUUUUGCUGUUUUUGUAAAGACUGUUUUCCUCUUUUUUUGUAAUCAAAUAAAGGAAAUGUGAAGUAAA